AGGUACACUGGACAUUAUUUCAUAACCACUCUGCUCUACUCCUUUUUCCUGGGUUGCUUUGGAGUGGAUCGAUUCUGUCUGGGCCACACCGGGACUGCCGUGGGGAAACUGCUGACUCUGGGAGGACUGGGGAUCUGGUGGUUUGUUGAUCUGAUUCUCCUCAUCACCGGCGGGCUGAGGCCCAGCGACGGCAGCAACUGGUGCACCGUGUACUGA